GUAAAAUUCAGCUUUUUUGGAAGCAUUGGAAGCAUUUUGCAGAAGAAUCAAUAAACUCAUGUUUUACUAUGAGUGACAAUUAAUUAACCUUUGCCAAGGGUGCAGGAUAGAGUGAAUUACAUGCAGCUAAAAUAUUGAAUGUGGUGUAAGUAACACAGCAGAAGGAGAAAAUUUACUGCGAGCAACAAAUAGCCGGGUUAGAAAUUCAUUUUCGGAUAGCGUUCCAAAAUGCCGAAAAAGAUGGGAAUCAACUCAAAAGCCGUCGAGGCACGGGAACGUAAAGCGGAGGCCAAAAAGGUUGCCAACGAUAAGGCAGCCAAAGCGGCGGAGGAUGCACUUUGGGUAGACGACGACAAGCAGUUGGCGAAGAAAAAGAAACAAAAGGAGGAGGACGAACGACGAAAAGCGGAAGCGGCACGCAAGAAGGCGGAAACCAAAGCUCUACUUGAAGAAGAAAUGAACUCCAUCAAGACGACGGCAAAGGUACCGGCCGCAAAGGUAACACGAUCUCAAAUUGAGUCUGAAAUAGAGAAGCGCAAUCGUGCAGUGGAAGCAUCGACCGCGGCCGCGGUCAAACCGAAACCUGUCCCGAAGGAAAUUCCGCUAGAAGAGAAUCUGAACCGUGUGAUGGCGGACACGGAAGUAGCACAAACGAUCGAUCAAGCCAUUGCGGUGCUCAGCAUGGGAGAUGCGUCAGCCGCCGAUCGCCAUCCGGAAAAGCGUAUGAAGGCAGCCUACAAAGCGUACGAAGAGGAGGAACUGAAACGUCUAAAACAGGAGCACCCGUCACUGAAAUUAUCGCAGCUAAAGCAGAUGAUUUUUAAGAACUGGCAAAAGGCCCCGGAAAAUCCGAUGAACCAAAUUCGAGUCUGAUUCUGCACAACCCUAUGCCGGCCAGGACGGCGCGUGAUGAAACGUUCUGUGCGAGCGUUUAAAAUGCUGAUGAAAUGCAGGUUUGUCCUUGUCUUAAGUUAGAGCAAUCCAAUCCAUUGCAAACGAAA